UCGCAUGCUGUCAGUGUCGAACUGUCAAACACAUUUCGGCAUCAGAAAACGCCAAAGUCAUCGUCUUCUCUCGUCGUUUUGGUCAGCAAUCUGUGUUCCAUUUUCGAGUAAAUUUGAGCUGCUUUUUAUUCGAAACAUUCGGGUUAAUAGUUGUUGAAGCUUAGAAAAAGGUAGCGCACAAUGGAUCGUUUGCUUCGACUUGGUGGCGCUAUGCCCGGAUUAACGCAGGCUCCUCCCCCGACGGAUGCGCCCGUUGUGGACACAGCAGAGCAGGUUUACAUCUCUUCGCUGGCCCUACUGAAGAUGUUAAAGCACGGUCGCGCAGGAGUUCCGAUGGAAGUUAUGGGGCUGAUGUUGGGUGAAUUCGUCGACGACUACACGGUUCAGGUGAUCGAUGUUUUCGCGAUGCCACAGACCGGAACGGGGGUGUCGGUCGAAGCCGUCGAUCCGGUGUUCCAGGCUAAGAUGUUGGACAUGCUGAAACAGACGGGCCGCCCGGAAAUGGUCGUCGGUUGGUACCAUUCCCAUCCGGGUUUCGGUUGCUGGCUUUCCGGUGUAGACAUCAACACCCAACAGUCGUUCGAAGCCCUCUCGGAACGGGCCGUGGCCGUCGUCGUCGAUCCGAUCCAAUCGGUCAAGGGUAAGGUCGUGAUCGACGCUUUUCGGUUGAUCAACCCGAACAUGCUGGUGCUGGGCCAGGAACCCAGACAAACGACCUCCAACUUGGGUCACCUGCAGAAGCCGUCCGUUCAGGCUCUGAUCCACGGACUGAACCGUCACUACUACUCGAUUAGCAUCAACUAUCGGAAGAACGAGCUGGAGCAGAAAAUGUUGCUCAACCUUCACAAAAAAUCCUGGAUGGAUGGGCUCACGUUGGCCAACUACCAGGAACACUGCAGUAUAAAUGAAAGCACCAUCAGCGAGAUGUUGGAGUUGGCAAAGAACUACAAUAAGGCCUUGGAAGACGAGGAAAAGAUGACGCCGGAGCAGCUGGCCAUCAAAAAUGUGGGCAAGCAGGACCCGAAGCGGCAUCUGGAGGAAAAAGUAGAUACACUAAUGUCCAACAACAUUGUGCAGUGUCUGGGUGCGAUGUUGGAUACGAUUGUGUUUAAGUAAGCAGCUGCUGCGUGUUUAGGGACAUUUUCUUGGAUCGUCGUGGUGAGUGGAUUCAUCGCACCCUCUCAACAUUAUUAUGAUCUUAAUGAAAAUCAAUGAUUAAAAUUUACUAUUUUAUAAGUACA